CCGUUGCUGCCUGAAGCCCCCGGGCCAGGCAGCGUCGCUGGCGGCGUCCUUGCGAACCGGGCCUGCCGCUUCCAGGCGGGGCGGGCGGCGCGUGAAGCAGCCCCCAGGCUGGGGACUGGGCGGCGCCCGGCGCAGGGGCCGUCUCCGUGCUCGAGUGUUGCACACAAGCUUCCUGCACCUGCUCUGGGCGUAGCCUCCCCGCAACCUGCGACCGCGUCAGGGCCAGCAGAGCUCGACUCUCUCCGCGGCAGCAUGUCGGCCAGUGGGGGCUCCAUGCCGCCGCCCCCCAACCCCACCGCCUACUUCCCAGCGCCCAGGAUCACGCUGCCCGUCGGCUUGGACAUCCUGCGCACCUACUCGGGAGCCUUCAUCUGCCUGGAGAUUCUGUUUGGAGCCCUUGUCUGGAUUUUGGUAGCUGCCUCUCGAGUUCCGCUACCUCUACUGCAGGGAUGGGUGAUGUUUGUGUCUGUGACGGCUUGUUUUCUGUCCAUCCUCUUCCUGGGCGUGUUCCUUUUUAGUUAUACACACAGAGUGGCUGUGGACUGGAACCAGAUGGAUUUUCUUUUCCAUGCGGCUACUUUUGUCUUUUAUUUUGGAGCCUUUUUAUUGCAAGCAGCAACAACAUCUCUGCAUAAUUAUCGAUGUCCAUCAAAUGCCACUGUGUUGCUAAGCGGUCAAGACUAUAACAUAAGCAUAGCAGCCUCAAUUUUUGCCUUUGCAACAACCAUUUGUUAUGGUUGUAGCACAGCCCUUGCUUUAAGAAGAUGGAAACUAUAGCACUUGAAGAGGUUAAUGGUUCACCAUUCUAGUUUAGUUUGUGUAAUUGUGUAUAAGAUCAAAUUAAAUGCCACUUGUCUUUCAAACUGUAACGGAAUUCCAAAAGGCUUUUAUGUAUAAAUUCUAUUUUAAAAAUGUUAAAAAUGCAGAUAAGCUCAUAUCAGAAUUACUUUAACUGAAAUAAUCUGUGAUUGUUUUUUACUUUUAUUAUAUGCUAAUUAGAAGCAUUAUUCUACUAUCUAUAUAGUAUUAUACAGUUUAGUGAGAAAUAGAUGCAUCAUUAGCAGAAAACUGAAUUUUGGUGCUAAACAAUUAGGAGGGAGGAAGUGGAAGGUAAACAAAUGUUAUAUGCAAAGGUAGCUAAAAGCUACAAGUUGCAAUGCUUAUGGUUAAUUAUUAUUAAAAGCCCCACUCCUGCAAUAAGCUCCAAGUAGGCAGAAUCCUGGGUCUCUGCACAAAUUCAAGCAUCUGCCACACAGUGCUCCUUGCAGGGUGAGGGCCUAGCUUGACUUUUGUGAGAUUGCCUUAAUAUUUUUAAAAGCAAAACUUAAAGAAAAACUAUUUUAGUUUCCUUCCAGUAUAAUCUUGUGAAAUACUUUACAGCCAUUUCUGGCAGUGAUGGUCUGAUCUUUUCUAUAAUUGUGUUGUAUUCCUUAGUGAAUACAAAUUGUUUAGUACUAUUAUUCUGUAGUUUCCUAUAUUCACAGAUUUAGUUCUGUCAAGUCUAUUUAUAUUGCAAAAUGUAAACAGUGCAUUUGUGUUGUGUAUAUCUGUGGUAUGUUUUGGUUUAAAACAAAGUAUUUGCACUGUUUCACCUUGUUGUGGGUACAGUUUUUACUUCAUGUGCUGCAUUUGUGUUGUUUACUGUAUGAGUCAAUGUCGUUUGAAUGGAGUAUUACAGAAUGUUGAAUUCUCUCUGAUCUAAAUUUUUGCAGUGGUUUAUUUGUUGCAUCCUAAAGUCCCAAUCUUGCAAAGGAAUCUUUACAUGGGAAGAUCCUUAUGCCUCUGCAGAGUCUUGCUGAAGUCAGUGGGACACCAUUGGAGCAUAAGGAUCCACCCAGGAAGAUGCUUUUGCAUGAAUGUUGAAGUCUGAUCAAGUUUGCUUUGAAUGUCCCAGUUAUGUAAUGAAAUACAUGAGGUACAAAUGCACCAAACUCAACUUAACAAAUGAGUUAUACCGUAUCACUUCCCUCCCCCAUUAUCACUAUUUAGCAGAUUUUUAAAAAAAAUUAAUAUCUUUAGUUCUUGCGAAAGUGCCAAAUUGUUAACCUCAGAGACUGAAGACCCCUUGUCAUCAAUAGAAAAGCAACAAUGUAAGCUUCCUUGCAUUUGUUCUGUAGAGAUCACUUGCAAGUGGACAGGGCAGUACACCUUCUUGUCUACUCAGGCCUGGUCUAUACCUAGAACUUAGAUUCGUCUAGCUACGUCACUCAGGGCUGUAAAUUCACUCCCUCUGGAGUAUAGUUAGGUCGACCUAACCCCCACUGUAGACUCAGCUAAGUCAAAAGAAGAAUUCUUCUGUCAAACUAGCUGCCACCUCUUGAAGAGGUGGAUUACCUACAUUGAUGGAAAACCCUCUUCCAUCAAUAUAGGAAGUAUCUAUGUCAUAGGCGGACUGUGCACCAAAUCCAGAUCACCAGAUGCUUUUGAACAGAUCGCAAAGUAUUUGUAUUUACUUAUUAUCAUUAUUGUUGUUAUUUUUUAUUAUUUUCUCUGGAAUCUGGACCUUGACUGUACCUUGACCAAGAAAUUUGGACCUUGAAAAAAAAAUUGACUAUCUCUGGUCUACACUAUAGCUUCAGCACUGUAGCUGUGCCAUUGUAAUACAGACAUGGCCUCAGUCUCAGCAUGCCAACAAUGGUGCCAGUUGCAGUGAAGAUACAUGAGGAUUUCUGCUGGGAGCCUAAUUCAUUUCACAUGUGCAACUAAAUCACUGUCAGUAGUGGCCUGGGCCAAUUUCAUAUCAAUUAACUGGAAAUGAAUGGCACCUUCUCAAUGCCCUGAGUCAUUUAACUCUCCAGAACUAUUGUAAUAAGUUGAUUUGGUACAUUUCAUUUUCUGAAAAUGUCUAUCUUCCUCCCUCUUUGCACUGGCUGAAUCUUCAACUCUUUACUCUCAUCUAACCUGUAUUGUGAUUUUAAAUUUUGUCUCAUGCAAUAUGGCACAAAACAAAACACUGGAUUUCAUAUUGUAUAAAAUAUCUUUACACUGGAGUGUACAAAUGUAAGGGAUUUCUCCCCAUGAUAUAACAAUGACUUACACUCAGCUGCAUUAAAUACUUUAUUCCAGUGUAUUUGA